UCGCGUCCGACUGCCCUGGGCCGCGUGUGCUCGCCUUGCUGGCCCCGGGGGGCGAGGCGCCCGGAGAGUUUCAGCCUGGGGCUGACGCGGCUAAUGGCCCGCGGGGCGGGGAGAGGCGCUGGCGGUGUCAGGCUCCCAGACAAUGCGAAACAAGCCCAGAGCUCCGUCCCCGAGGCGCCUCCCGCGCCCAGGGACUAACACGGGGGCCGCCGCCCCCCGCCGAGCCUGAGUGCCGAGGGGUUGGCUCUUGUCUGGCGGCCGGGCCGGAGACUCAGGUUUUGACAGCCCCGUUCUCCCCCGCCCCCAGUGCUGCCGUCAGGCCUGGAGCGCCAGUUGUUUUGGGGUCAGAAGGAAACUAGGAGCAGGUAGGGUAGAGCGGGCUGGAGGAAAGGAACGAGUGUGGCCCCUGACUGGUUUGUGAAGAAAGGAUUUGUAGUUCUGCCAGUGAAUGGUGAAACAAUGUGUCCUACUGAAUUUCUGUAAAGGCGUUUCUGCUUUCCAAGAUAAACGGGAGAAUGCUUUGUAGUGUGAAAACAUUUGUCAAAACCUAUAAACUCUUCCUAUAUAAGUAAUAUUUCAGGUUGUCUUUCAUAGAAAGCCAACGUUCUCUGCCUCACUGGGACCAAAAUUGUUUCUGAACAAGGUGAAUAUCCUGGCUGUGUGGCAGAACUAAUAAUGACUCACAUGAUUUAAAGACUUUAGCCUGCUUUCUAGUGAUCUGAUGCACAAAGGGAAAAUGCAGGAAGAUGUGAAGUUACCAGGAGACAAUGAGAAAUUUAAAGUUAAAGCAGAUACUGCUACUGAGAACAGCUGCCUGAUUUCAGUUAGUGAGUUCUCUUGCCACUGCUGUUAUGAUAUUCUGAUCAAUCCCACAACCUUGAAUUGUGGUCACAGUUUCUGUAGACACUGCUUAGCCUUAUGGUGGGUUUCCUCUAAGAAGAAUGAGUGUCCAGAAUGCAGAGAAAAGUGGGAAGGAUUCCCUAAGGUCAACAUCCUCCUCAGGGAUGCUAUUGAAAAGCUAUUUCCUGAUGCCAUUGAACAGAGAAGAGAAGACAUUCAGCAAAACAAUGACAUAGCUCACAGCCUUGCAGCCUUCCAAAAAUAUGGAAAUGAUCAGAUUUCUGCACCUCCGAAUGUGAGAAGAAUUAAUCCUCGAGGAGGGGGGUUUUUCUCUGGAGUUCUGACAGCCCUAACUUGUGUGGCAGUGGUUCUACUUGGGUAUCAUUGGAGCUGCAGAGAAUCUGAAGAUGAUCUUCUUGUCCACAAACCCGUUGCUAAAUGGACUACUGAAGAGGUGAUUCUUUGGCUAGAACAGCUGGGCCCUUGGGCUUCCCUGUAUAGAGAGAGAUUUUUAUUAGAGAGAGUGAAUGGAAGGCUUCUAUUAACAAUAACAGAUGAAGAAGAUUUCACAAAAACUCCUUACCAUAUAGAGAAUAGUAGCCAUAGAAAAGCCAUUAUUAUGGAACUGGAACGUGUGAAAACAUUGGGAGUUAAACCACCACAGAACCUUUGGGAAUACAAGGCAGUAAACCCAGGAAAGUCAUUGUUCCUGCUGUAUGCACUAAAGAGCUCUCCAAGACUCAGUAUGUUGUAUCUAUACUUGUUUGAUUACACAGAAAUAUUUUUACCAUUCAUCUACACAAUAUGUCCUGUGCAAGAAGAUGAACAUGAAGCUAUUGUCACAAAACUACUAGAACUUAAAGAUCCUACUUGGAAACAGUGGAGAGAAUUCAUUGUUAAGUACUCAUUUUUGCCAUAUCAGCUAAUAGCUGAAUUUGCUUGGGAUUGGUUGGAGAUACACUACUGGACAUCACGAUUUAUAAUUGUUAAUGCCAUGCUGCUUUCUGUUCUGGAGUUCUUCUCCUUUUGGAGGCUCUGGUCAAGAAGAGAAUUAAAGACUAUUCCUCAGAGAAUGUGGAGCCAUUUCUGGAAAGUGUCAACCCAGGGUCUUUUUGUUGCUAUCUUUUGGCCCAUUAUUCCUCAAUUUGUCUGUAACUGUUUGUUUUAUUGGGGUUUGUACUUUAACCCAAUUAUAAAUAUUGAUCUUGUGGUAAAAGAAGUAAGACGUCUGGAAACACAAGUGCUGUGAUUGCUAUUCAGCCUUCUCCUAAGAAUUGAAUAUCUAUGCUGUCCAAAUGUUUGAAGUCAGACAUCUGGUAAGACAACAUUGCUUUCUUUGAUUGCUUCCUUUGUGGUGAUUAAAAAAUUGCCUUGAGGUGAGUCCAUUUUGAAGCAGCAAGUACCAUAACCCCAAAGCUUGGCUUUAUUUUAUGUAGUAUUGCCAUAGAUAAGGAGGAUACAGUUUUCUUGAAGGAGUCUUGUGAAGUUGCUAUAAUCAUGCUGUUCAGUUUUUGGGUAACAACAACAAUCUGACUAUAAUAGUAUUCUGUGAAAUCUGACGAAUGCCAAGUUGUUAGGGCCUCUACAUUCAAUAUCUUCUAAACAAUCAAAACUGAGUGUGGUGCUAUUUUGUAAUGUUUCCGGACAUUUGUAUGUUGUUCAAAACUUGCCUGAGGGAGCUUUUGGACAGUGUCUUCAGUUGGUUUGAUACUGAAAAUAUUUGAGGCUUUUUCACUCAUCUUGACAUGCUAGGAUGCUAGUCAAACCAUACGUUGGCCAGUAGAGCUCAUGUUUAAAAUUCCAUUUAUUCCAACUGUAUAACACCUAGUUUACGUUGUAUCCCACACCUUUUAUAAUUGGCAAAUAUGAUAGGAAAGUCUUAAAGCCUUUAUUGGGGUCUGUUAAUUUUUAUCAGUAAGAGCUGAUUUAAUGCUUCCUUUCCUAAAUCAAUCUUUAUUUGCUAAUUUCAUAAAUGAAUUCAGAUACCUCUCAAAGUAUUAAUUUGGUGAAGGGACCUGAUACUGUAAUUCCCUAUUGUAGUCUGAUGUGUGUAGCAAGACCUGAAUCUGUAAAUACUGAAUGAAAGUGAUUUUGUAUAAAAAUAACCAUGUUGCCAUUUUGUUUGUGAUGUCUGAGUAAACAAAAGGUUAACUUUUGUUUUAAAUCCUUGUACUUGUAAGCCUCAUCAUCUUGAGUUUGUAUCAUACUAUUAAUGGAUUCUAGAUUUGCAUAUGAACUCUUUUUUUAAAAAAAAUAAAGAUUUUUUUUCUAAA